UCCGCGAGCUCCUUUGCAGGAAGUGUAGUUUUUCCAAACACACCUACCGUUAGCUUCCACUGCUUAGCAGCGCCAGGCUAAAGGAGUUGGCUAACAGGGUUUCGGAGCUUCUAAAAACGUCACCAGCUGUCAUUCAACAAGUGUCUUGCUUUUAAACAGAUCAUGUCAGAUUUCUCGCUGUCUGAUGCUUUAGGAGACGACACACCGAGCCAGGCUAAGAAAACAAGCACUAAUCCAGCUGUUCCCGCCAGCAACUAUCCCCCUGCUUCAAACCCAGGAUGGCCCGGAUCCGCCCCUGGGGCCCCCUCUCAGCCCUCAGCACCAGCUGACUUCAGCGGUGGCUUUUCUGGCCCAGGAGCUCCGGGGCCGUUCCAGUACCCCUCAGGUCCCGGAGCACCGGGGCAAUACCCGGGGCCUCCCUCAGCACCUGGUGGCUUCCCUGCUGGCCCCGGAGUACCUGGACAAUAUCCUCCUGCUCCUGGAGCUCCGGGUCAGUUUCCCUCGGGUCCAGGGGCGCCUGGACAGUUCCCUGGGCAGUAUCCAUCUGAAGGAACUCCUGGACAGCUACCGGGAGGCCCGGCUCCUUACCCAGCAGGACCGUUCCCCUCUGGUCCUGGUGCUCCCGCUGGCCCUUAUCCAAAUGUGCCAUUCCCUGGAGGCAAUGGGCAGUACGGACCAGGAGGUCAAGGUGGAUUCCCCCCUCCAGCCGGUCCAGGAUCUUUCCCUUCAUUCCCUGGUGGUGGUUUCCCCCCAAUCCCACCUGGGUCAUGGGGAUCACCAGGGGGAGGUUUCCCCCCUGCUCCUCCUCCCUAUGGUCCUGGACCCAUGGGUCCGUAUGGGGGUCCUGCCGGUCCAGGAGGCACACUGAUGGUGCCUUAUGAUCUCCCCCUCCAUGCUGGGAUUAUGCCGCGACUUUUAAUCACAGUAAUUGGAGAACCCGUCCCUGGUGCACAAAGGUUCCAGGUUGAGCUAAUUAAAGGUUCCGAUAUCGUCUUUCACUUCAACCCUCGCUUUACGGAGCAAACCGUUGUCCGAAACUCCAACCUUGGAGGCCACUGGGGCCCAGAGGAGCGUGAGGGGCCCUUCCCCUUUGUCCAGGGCUGCCGUUUUGAGUUGAAGAUCCUAGUUGAAGAGGACAUGUUCAAAGUGGCUGUGGACGGCACCCACCUGCUGGAAUAUGAGCACAGAGUGGGCGGUCUGGAAGAGGUGACCCUGCUGCGGGUCACUGGAGACGUCAUCCUGUACAGCGCCGCCCCGAGCAUGAUCUGAACCGGAGACCCAGGCUGUCCUGGAGAUCCUCUUCAAAUUAUUAGCUGAUGUAACGGACGGCCGCCUCCAUGCAUGAUGGAGCUGCAAAUACACCCUGCAAAGUGCAAUCGUCCCUCACUUGGCACAUUUAUUGAAAAGAGUGACUCAGAUUGAAUUAAGUCGGCACUUGAUCAUAUUUUAUUUUCUAAUUCUUAUUUUUCACACUAAACAAAUUCUAAUUUAAAAAUUAAGUUUUCAAUUAAAAUCAUAAAAUCCGUUAAACUUAUUUUUUUUCCCUUUUCUUUUUAAGUAUUCCUUUGUAGAAGAAAAUUGAGUCAAUUUAAUGUGUCCCGUGUUCGGAAUCAGUCAUUAAUUUUGAGUAAAAUAAGAUUGUAAGCAAAGCUGGAAGGAAGCAGCGUCUCAUACAUUUCAUGUAACCUCUGCUGAGUAGCAGUGUUUUGUCUACAUGUGUUUCAUUUUUUUUUCCUUUUGUCAUAACAUGAUCCAACGUUUGUGCAUGAAAUUGUGAUGCUGAAGGUUCACUUUUAUUUUAAAGCUCAACCCGACCCUCUGGAGUCACCUACAGUAGGCUAAUCAUGGCGUUUCUUUGAAAGCUCACUAUUUAUAUACAGUGUUUGCUCCUGUUCUCCUCAGCUCAAGGCUUCAAGGAUUGU